UUACGGAUUUGGUUUCUAUCCAUAGUUCAUUCCGCCCUCUUGGCCUUUGAUCUUCCGGCAUAACAUGUAUUCUGAUAUUGCACAGAUAGUGAAGCAUGAUUGGCCGGCAAAGUGGCCAAGCUUCAUUCCUGAUCUAGUUGCCGCUGCUAAAACUAGCGAAAUAUCUGCGAAAAUUGCAUGAUCAUUUUAAAACUCCUAAGCGAAGAGGUUUUUGAUUUCUCAAGAGGAGAAAUGACUCAGCAGAAGAUUAAAGAGCUGAAACAAUCUCUAAACAGCGAGUUUAAACUCAUUCACGAGCUAUGCCUAUAUGUCCUCUCAGCAUCUCAAAGGCAGGAUCUUAUACGUUCAACACUGUCUGCGUUGCAUGCCUAUCUAUCCUGGAUUCCGUUGGGCUAUAUAUUUGAGUCUCCUUUUUGGGCCAGAUGUGAAUCAUCCUCUGCCACUAGUUCGAAAGCAUGUAGAGAGAAGCAGCGUCGAGACAGGCUUAAUGACAAGUUUACCGAAUUGAGUGUAAUUCUGGAGCCUGGAAAUCCUCCCAAAACAGACAAGGCUGCAAUCUUGGUCGAUGCUGUCCGCAUGGUGACACAGCUACGCGGCGAGGCUCAGAAGUUGAAGGACUCGAAUUCAAGUCUUCAGGACAAAAUCAAAGAGUUAAAGACCGAGAAAAACGAGCUGCGAGAUGAGAAACAGAGGCUGAAGACAGAGAAAGAGAAGCUGGAGCAGCAGCUGAAAGCCAUGAAUGCUCCUCAACCAAGCUUUUUCCCAGCUCCACCUAUGAUGCCAACUGCUUUUGCUUCUGCGCAAGGCCAAGCUCCCGGAAACAAGAUGGUGCCAAUCAUCAGUUACCCUGGAGUUGCCAUGUGGCAGUUCAUGCCUCCUACUUCGGUCGAUACCUCUCAGGAUCAUGUCCUUCGUCCACCAGUUGCUUAAAUUGGACAAAAAAAAAAUCAUCAACUGGUUUGCUUCUUGCUUCCGCUGAAAAGAAAA